UUUAUUUCGCAACAGUAACGAUGUCAACGCCUUCAACAAUGCGAAGACUUAAUGUCAAAAUAGCUGCUGGAGCAGUAGUUUGCGAUGAAAGUAUCCUAAAAGGUGACAUAACUAUUGGACCCAGGACAAUAGUCCACCCUAGAGCAAGUAUUCUCGCAGAAGACGGACCGAUUGUCAUCGGCGAGGGAAAUAUUAUUGAAGAAAUGGCUACAAUUGCAAACAGACUACCUCCAGACUCUGAUGUUGAGUGUCCCGUGCUAACUAUUGGCAGUUUCAAUGUAUUCGAGACGGAUUCUCUCUGCGAAGCUCUUAAAGUCGGCGAUAAUAAUGUCUUAGAAACAAAAGCAAAAGUCUGUAGAGAAGUCGAGCUGACCAGUGGGUGCGUUGUAGGAACGUCAUGUUCACUGAUUGAAACUGAAAUAGUGCCUGAAAAUACUAUUAUUUAUGGGUCGGAUUGUCAUAGACGUGAAAUGAAUGAUAAACCUUACCCCCAAGUUGGUCAGCUGGAAUUUCUAGUGAGGGUUUUACCAAAUUAUCAUCAUUUAAGGAAACCUAACAUGAAAUUAGUCAAAAUAGAUCCGCAAAAUUAA